CCUCUGUCAUCAAUGCCUCAAUCCAUAAUCUUCAUUCUAUUUCUGUUUUUCUCAAUCAAAUCAAACGCAGACGAGGAUGUUUCAAGAGCUGCAGAACUGUACUGCCCUUCAUCAACCUGCAAGAAUGGAACAAUCCACGUUUCAUAUCCGUUCUGGAGGCUAGACGACACUUCACCAACCGCGCCAAACCCCCAAAUGUGUGGAUAUCCUGGUUUCGGAAUUAACUGUUCCAACCCAGAUCCUAACUACCCUCUUCUCUACCUAUCUAACCACACUUUUCUCGUCAACAACAUUAACUACACAGAUUCUUUAAUUGUCCUCGUGGACGCUGACGUCACCACCAACAAAGACUGUCCCAUCACGCACCACAACAUUACUUUCCCCGAAAGAUCGCCGUUGGUUUACAGCACAGGAGACGUGAACCUCACUUUCUACCUCAACUGCACAAAUCAUUUUGCCGAUGCCUAUCCGAUAGACUGUUUAAGUUCGGAGCAUUUCACGUCCUACUUGCAUGUCGGGGCGGCGGCGGCCGGCCGGUACCGUUCGGACUGGUUCCGAAGCUGCGAGGAGGAAGUGGAGACGGCGGUGAUGAAAACAGGGGAAAUUGUGGAUGAUGAAGGGUGGUGGGUUAGGAAUGUCGGCGGAGCUAUGAAUAAUGGGUUCGUGCUUAACUGGCGGAACUUGGAGGAGUGCAGCCUCUGUGAAAACUCCAAGGGGUUGUGCGGUCAGAACGAAGUUUCCGGCGAGUUCUUGUGCUUUUGCGGCAGCGGGAGCGUCACCCAGGAUUACUGCCGCCUUUUCCAAGGCAAAAAAAAUAAAGUGAGAGUGAAGCUUGGCAUUGGCAUCGGGGGAGCUGCGUUAUGCUUAACGGUAAUUUGCACAAUUUUGUUUGCAUAUCAUCGACGAGAGAGACGCUAUCCUUCUGGGAAUGAACUUCAUUGUCAGGGCUCAGGGAAUUGCACUAUCUGUAAUGGAGGAAUAUUUAAAAAAUCACUGCAGAGAAGGAACCUUGAGGUGUUUAUGGAGCAAUAUAGAUCAUUAGCCCCAACAAUUUAUCGUUAUUCAGAUAUUAAGAAAAUGACAAGUUCAUUCAAACACAAACUUGGGCAAGGAGGCUAUGGAGAAGUGUAUAAAGGCAAGCUCUAUGAUGACCGUCUUGUUGCAGUUAAGAUCCUAAACUCAACCAAAGGGGAUGGAGAAGAAUUCAUCAAUGAGGUAGUCAGCAUUGGUCAAACCUCCCAUGUUAAUGUUGUCAAUCUUCUAGGGUUCUGUUACCAUGGUAUUAAAAGAGCUCUAGUGUAUGAAUUUAUGCCUAAUGGAUCCCUUGAAAGAUAUAUUCACGGUGAUAACACUCACUUGAGAUGGGACAAAUUGUAUGAAAUUGCGAUUGGCAUAGCUCGAGGGCUUGAGUACUUGCACAAAGGCUGCAACACAAGAAUCCUACAUUUCGAUAUAAAACCGCACAACAUUCUCCUUGACCAAGACUUUUGUCCCAAAAUAUCUGAUUUUGGAUUGGCUAAACUCUGCACUAACAAGGAGAGCAAUGUAUCUAUGCUUGGAGUUAGGGGGACUAUCGGCUAUAUUGCUCCAGAAGUUGUCAGUCGAAAUUUUGGAAGCGUUUCACACAAGUCAGACGUGUAUAGCUACGGAAUGAUGAUUUUAGAAAUGGUUGGCGGACGAAAGAAUGUGAACGAUAACGUGAGCCGCAGUUCUGAGAUAAAUUUUCCCCAUUGGGCGUAUCAAAGACUUUUGGUAGACGAAGAUUUAAAACUUCAAGGGGUUAGAACAGAAGAGGAAGAAGAGAUUGCAAAGAAAAUGAUACUAAUAGGGUUUUGGUGCAUUCAAACAGACCCAUCAGAUAGGCCAUCAAUGAACAAGGUUAUUGAAAUGUUGAUUGGUAGUUUGGAGAAGUUGGAAAUACCACCAAAGCCUUUCUUAUAUUCUUCUUCACAAUCACAAUCAGAAUCAUCAGAGGGUAUUUCUCCAGUAAUAUCUCCUACAUUGCUCUUACGUUCCAGUUCAAGUCCAUCAUUCAACAUCAGCAUGAACAUUGACGACUAAAAAGCAAUUUAAGCGAGUUUCUUUACAUUCAUUUAGGAGCACAAGAAAAUGUAUUCAAUUCAUUGUAUGAA